AUGGGUGGGGAGGUUCCAUUUCGCCCCGCUCCGCCAGCUAUACCCCAGCUAGCGGAGCGCCCGGUCGGCCAACGAAUUAACAAACUCUACACCGAUCGCCUGAAGCAGUUCACAUCAGAGGGUCAGUACGAAGGCCAAAACCUCAUUUCCAAAUACUGGGAGGCCACAAACUCGGACGAAGACCACGUCAAGCUCUCUGUUUAUUCCGUUCCGAACUUGGAGAGACCGACCUUCGAAGAUGCGACCUCCCAGGAAUUCAAACCAACCCACAUCGGAGCUUCAUUCGGCCCCAGUUGGUCCACACAUUGGUUCCGUAUUCGUCUCACGGUUCCUAAGGAUAUGCUGAAGCGAGAACAUUUGGAGUUUCAUUGGGAUGCCAACAAUGAAGGGCUGGUGUGGACGGAGGAUGGUCGGCCGCUUCAGGGUCUGACUGGCGGUGGAGAACGUACAGAGUUUAUUCUUCCCAAGGAAUGGCUCGAUGGCAAAGAGCACACAUUUUACAUCGAAAUGGCUUGCAAUGGAAUGUUUGGCAAUGCUCCUGGUGGGGAUUCCAUUCAACCGCCAAACCCCGACAAGUACUUCACACUUAGUACUGCACGUAUCACGGCUGUGAAUCUUGCUGCUCGAGCGCUCUUCUAUGAUUUCUGGAUCAUUGGGGAUGCUGCACGAGAAUUCCCAGGCGAGUCGUGGGAGGCGCACGAAGCCAAUGUUGUGGCGAAUUCAAUGAUCGACGCCUUCAUUGCUGGCAAUGGAAGCAACGAGUCUAUCAACGAGGCACGCAAGCUUGCAAAGAAAUAUCUUGGAGACAAGGUAGACUCAGCAGAUGUCUAUAAUACAGACACGCAGCCCAUUGUGUACGCCAUCGGUCAUUGCCACAUAGAUACUUGCUGGCUAUGGCCCUGGGCCGAGACAAAGCGAAAGGUAGCACGAUCCUGGUCAAAUCAAUGUGAUUUGAUGGAGCGUUACCCUGAGCAUCGGUUUGCGUGCUCCCAGGCUCAACAGUUCAAAUGGCUGAAGCAGUACUACCCAUCUGUUUUCGAUCGCGUGAAGCGUUGGGUAAAGAAAGGCAACUUCCAGCCGAUCGGCGGAAGCUGGGUUGAGCACGAUACGAACAUGCCGAGUGGCGAGUCACUUGUCAGGCAGUUCUUGUAUGGACAGCGAUUCUUCGAGGCCAACUUCGGCAAGCGCUGCACUACUUUCUGGUUGCCUGACACCUUUGGUUAUUCCACCCAAAUCCCACAGAUAUCCCGUCUCGCUGGUAUGCCGCGCUUCUUUACUCAAAAGCUCAGCUGGAACAACAUCAACAAUUUCCCGCAUACUACUUUCCAAUGGGUAGCACUUGACGGAAGCCAAGUAUUGUGCCACAUGGCUCCCUCAGAAACCUAUACCGCCGAAGCUCACUUCGGGGAUGUCAAGCGCAGUGUCACUCAGCACAAGUCGCUGGAUACAGAAAAGUCGUCCUUGCUGGUCUUCGGAAAGGGAGAUGGAGGUGGUGGCCCAACCUUCGGACACCUUGAGAAACUCCGACGUUGCCGUGGCUUAAGUGACCAGGUUGGCUCACUUCCGCGAGUGAAGAUGGGCGAGUCGGUUGACGACUUUUUCGCAAAGCUCGAGGCUAAGGCGACCUCCGGUACCGAUUUCGCUACCUGGUACGGCGAGCUUUACUUCGAGCUGCAUCGAGGUACAUACACAACCCAGGCAAACAAUAAGCGAAACAACCGCAAGGUCGAGUUCUUUUUGCGCGAAAUCGAGCUUCUUGCUACCCUCGCUACUGUUCAUCCCACUGCCGGUGGAUAUAAAUAUCCCAAGAAGGAGAUUGAUCAAAUGUGGGAAGGGACCCUGCUUUGCCAGUUCCAUGAUUGCUUGCCUGGGAGCUCCAUUGAGAUGUGCUAUGACGACUCUGACAAGCUUUAUGCUGAAAUCUUUGAGAUUGGAACCAAGCUGCGCAAAGACGCUCUGGAGGCUUUAGGCAUCACAGGCCGAGGCGGCGGCAUGGCCACCCUCAACACUUUGCCAUGGUCCCGGUCAGAGAUUGUUCGCAUCCCUGAAACAAUCACUAAAUCAGGAGAAAGCAACUAUGCCAUGGUCAAUGGAGCAACUGGUUUGAUGCCGUUGGGUCGGAUUGACUUCAACGCGAAACAUCAAGCCAGUGUAUCAGUCAACGAGGUGAAACCUGGUGUCUUCCGUCUGGAGAACGGCAAGCUCAAGAUAAAUGUCGAGAAUGGCGUAAUAACCUCUCUGUAUGAUGUUGAUGCCGAUAGAGAGGUCGUUGCGAAGGAUCAGAAAGCCGGACAGCUGGUUAUCUUCGAUGACAAACCUCUUUACUGGCAAGCAUGGGAUGUCGAAGUAUUCCACCUUGAAUCACGAAAGGAACUUCACGGCGGCAAGACGACGAUUGUUGAAAACGAUCCUCACCGUGCCAGCGUUGAGACCUUGACAAAGAUCAGCGACAAGAGCUGGAUCAAAACCACAAUCAGCCUAUCCGCAUCUGUUUCCGAUGAGCCAUCUUACGUCGAGCUGGAGAGCGAGGUUGAAUGGCAGGAGACUAUGAAGUUCCUCAAGGUGGAAUUCCCUGUCGAUAUCGUCAACACCGAGGCCUCCUACGAGACACAGUACGGUAUCAUCAAGCGUCCAACCCACUAUAACACAAGCUGGGACAUGGCCAAGUUCGAAGUCUGCUGCCACAAAUGGGCAGAUCUCUCUGAGAAUGGAUACGGAGUCUCAAUUCUCAACGACUCCAAGUACGGCUUUGCGACAUGCGGCAACCUCAUGCGUCUCUCGUUGCUUCGCGCCCCGAAGGCUCCCGAUGCACACGCUGACAUGGGCCGCCACAAGAUCCGCUAUGCCAUUCUGCCUCACGCCGGCGCUCUUGAUGACCGGACGGUCCGCGCCGGAUUCAACUUCAAUAACCCCCUCGUCGUUGAGCCUGCCGGUCCUAAUGUAUUGGCUGCCAACGCUCUGUUUAAGUCUUUGGCUAUUCAUGGCGCGCCCUCGUUGAUUCUCGAUGUAAUCAAGCGUGGCGAGGAUGAUGCCGAUGUGUCUUAUGAUGGGGUUCCCACUCGUCCUGGCAAGAGCGUGAUUCUUCGAGCCUACGAGUCGCUAGGUGGCAAAGCUCGUGGAUCUAUCGAAACCACGCUGCCGGUCAAGAAAGCUUUCAAGUGUAACAUCCUUGAGGAUGAUGAGCACCCUGGUUUGGAUAUCAAGACUGUCAACGGUGGUUCGUCCAUCAAGAUUGAGUUGAGGGCUUUCGAGGUUGCGACCUUCCGACUCCAACUGUGA